CCUUCGCUGGCCGACAAGAUGCGCCCCGACACGCUGCAGGACUACAUCGGGCAGAGCAGAGCUGUGGGGCAGGAGACCCUGCUCAGGUCUCUCUUGGAGACGAACGAAAUCCCCUCGCUCAUCCUGUGGGGGCCGCCGGGCUGCGGCAAGACUACGUUGGCUCACAUCAUAGCCAACAACAGCAAGAAACAUAGUAUAAGAUUUGUGACAUUAUCUGCAACAAAUGCCAAGACAAAUGAUGUACGAGAUGUCAUAAAACAAGCUCAAAAUGAAAAGAGCUUUUUCAAAAGGAAAACCAUACUUUUUAUUGAUGAGAUUCACCGGUUCAAUAAAUCUCAGCAGGAUACGUUCCUUCCUCACGUGGAAUGUGGGACAAUCACUCUAAUUGGGGCAACCACGGAAAACCCUUCUUUCCAAGUCAAUGCUGCUCUUCUGAGCCGCUGUAGGGUUAUUGUUCUUGAGAAGCUUCCAGUAGAGGCAAUGGUGACUAUUUUAAUGCGAGCAAUCAACUCACUGGGCAUCCACGUCCUGGAUUCCAGCCGUUCCACAGACCCUCUGAGCCACAGCAGCAACAGCAGUUCUGAGCCCUCCGUAUUCAUAGAGGAUAAAGCGGUAGACACUCUGGCUUAUCUCAGUGACGGGGAUGCCCGAAUUGGACUAAAUGGACUGCAGCUGGCGGUGCUGGCCAGGUUAAGCUCCAGGAAGAUGUUUUGUAAGAAGAGUGGGCAAGCCUAUUCUCCCAGUAGAGUUCUGAUCACUGAGAAUGAUGUGAAGGAAGGCCUCCAGAAGUCUCACAUUUUAUAUGACCGAGCAGGAGAAGAGCACUACAACUGCAUCUCUGCUCUUCAUAAGUCGAUGCGGGGCUCAGACGCGAGCGCCUCCCUCUACUGGCUGGCACGCAUGCUCGAAGGAGGAGAGGACCCGCUGUAUGUGGCAAGGAGGCUGGUGAGGUUUGCCAGUGAAGACAUAGGUCUGGCAGACCCAUCCGCAUUACCACAAGCAGUAGCUGCCUACCAGGGCUGUCACUUCAUAGGCAUGCCCGAAUGUGAGGUGCUUCUGGCCCAGUGUGUAGUCUAUUUUGCCAGAGCCCCAAAGUCUAUUGAGGUGUACAGCGCCUACAACAACGUCAAAGCCUGCCUGCGGAACCACCAGGGGCCUCUGCCCCCCGUCCCACUGCACCUGAGGAAUGCGCCGACCCGGCUCAUGAAGGACCUGGGCUAUGGCAAGGGCUACAAAUACAACCCCAUGUACAGCGAGCCUGUGGACCAGGAAUACCUGCCUGAAGAAUUGAGAGGAGUGGAUUUCUUCAAACAGAGGCGAUGCUGACUCUUUGAGGCUAUGACAGCAGAAGGAUGUUACUUUCUUUUCUUUUUUCUUCUUUUUUUUAAUAGGAAUGGCCAGAAAGAGAGUAAAUGGAUUGUGAAGUUGGUUUCCUGGUAAAAGUUAAAACAGCCCAACUUUUUGUGCCAGAAAUUUGAGAAUUUCUUAAGUGGAGGCACAGCUACUUCAGCUAAGUGUGUAAUGUUGAAUCGUGUUCAUUUGCACUCUGCAAUGGUUAUGCGUAUGGAAGUGUCUGGCAGCUUUGUGCAAUGAAUUAAUGUUAUAAGGAAUUAUCUAUUUUGUCAUAGUAUUUAAAUCAUAAUGUCAUUUCAGAAUUCAGUUCUGUAGGAUUUUUUUCCCUUUAAAAAAAUGUAUAUUCUGGGUAGUUUUAAUUGGUAAAAAAAUGUAAUUGUGAUUUAAUACUGCAUAGUGUUCUGGGGUAUUUUUUUUAUAUGCAAAGGUCUUAUGAGCCAAUAAAACUAUUUCAAAGUAGUCUUCA